AUGCCCGAAGACAGCAACCCGAGAAACAAGAGGAAGAACAAGGGCUCCGUAAAGAACGGGGAAGGCAAUGAUAAGAACAUUGAAGAGCAGCAGGACGUGUCUGCAAAAUUAUGGGGGGAGGGUUCCCCUGACUUGUUAAAUUCAAGUGUCGUCGUGCCCAAUUCGACCGAGGAGACGGUUACGGAGAAGCAGAAGGCUCCCAUGAGUGAAGAUAGGAGCGCUUCCCAUGAUGAUUUAAAAAAUGACUAUAGCGACCAGCUACAAGCAGUGUCCCGAUAUGGCGAAAAGGAAGACUUUCGCAGGGUGACCAAAACACCACCCGAUGCACUCCAAUCGAAAGAACGGUUCGACGCUCUUGUACGGGAUCGGGACUCACUACGUGCUGAGGUGACGGACAUGCGGAGGUCUUUAGAAGAAAUACAGUCCAAGCAUCGAGCGGACAUGGAAGCUCUACAGCACAAACUAAACGAUGCCGAGGGCAAAAAGGAACACGCAGAAUCACAGUUCCAGAAGCUACUGGAGCGUGUCAAUACAAUCAAGUCGCAGCUAGGUGAACGACUCAAGGAAGACGCUGAGGAACUUGCUCAAGCUAGGUUAAAAAUUGGGGAGCUGGAGGAACAGAACUCAGCGCUGAAAGAGAAUUUCCAGCUGAAGUGCUCUGAACUGACGGAGCUCUCGGAAGCAAAUGAACACAAGUCGAAGGAGAUCUCAACAUUACGAGACCGGAUGAACUUGUCACAGCAGAACUGGCUGAAGGAGAAGGAAGAACUUCUCGAGCAACAAUCAUAUCUUCAAUCCGAAUUCGAACAAGCUAAGGAGGCUAUGCACAACUGGGAAGUUCUAGCUAUGGAAGAGCGGUCUAUCAGGGAAACUUUAGGCGAGAAAGUCGUAGACCUUGAGGAGCAGCUUGCUAGCCUCAAAGAUGCCUAUGAAAGAACAUCCGAUGAACGCGAUUCUCAAUUAGCCGCCGUGGAUGGGUUACAGCGAGCCUUACAGGAAAUCCAGACAGCUCGCAGAAAAGAGCUUCGUGAGCUCGUGGAGAACUCAGACGCUCAACUUGAAGAGCUAAAACAGGCCCUUCACUGUGCGGAGAAAAAGGCGUUGGACGCUGAUAAAGCUCUCCGAAGUGCACAGAAAGAACUGGAGCGAGUGAGGCCGCAUAUUGUUACGAACCACUUUCUGCAUUUCCUUACUCUUGAUCGGUCAGACCCGAAGAAAUUUCAGAUAUUGCAACUUAUUGCGGCUCUUUUAGGCUGGACAGAUGAACAGCGUGAACAGGCUGGUCUAGCACGUCCGGGAACUUCAGGUACCUCUAACAAGCUUAGAGUCCCAAGUACACCUAUUCAUCGUACCCCCAGCACUCCAACGCUGGCUACUGAAUUCUUAGACAAUGGGAACUCAAACAAGGAGUCGCUGGCGGAACUUUGGUCCAACUUUCUCGAGCAGGAGUCUCAGACUGCGCAAGAAUAUACACAACCAAAACCCUGA